AUGGCGGCGCCGUCGUCUCUGCUCCGAGCGGGCUUCAGAUCCGCGCGAGACGCGCUGAACUGUGGCGAGAGAUGCAGGAUCCCAGUGUCUGCGUUACAGUUUCAGGCUGCUGCCGGAAAUUUCUUUCCGCGGACGCUGCAACAGCUCCAACAACCCUCCGAGUGCGCCGACUUCAGCACUGAAAGUGGCAGUGCUGCUGGGGAAACGGCGUUACCAGCACAGGACUCUGUUACCAUGCCUCCAUCUUUUGAUGCUAGGGCUGCUGAUGCUGCCGUUGCUGCAGCAGCUGCUUCAAGCGGUGCUGCUACAAGUGACGCUGCGUCGAGCGGUGCUGCGGCGGUGACGAGCGGUACGGAUGGGUCUCGUGCGGUGCUGGCGAAGCUGCUCAACGUGCCCCGCAUGGUGCUCAAGGAGGAGCUUCUGCGAUCCUUCCGCAACCCUGCGCUGACGUCAGCGGACGUGUUCACUGUGCUGGAUGAUCGGCUGCACACUCUGCACUGGCAGAUGGAGUUCAAGUCACCAGAAGACUACAGCAAGGCCCGGGAGCUCGUGGAGCUUUACAAGAGGGGGGGCUCGCGGAUACGCCUUCAAGAGCUGUCUCCCAGGGACCACGAGCUUGCGUUCCACAAGAAGCAUCACAACUGGGAGCUUCGCCAGUGGAGAGACGUCUCGCUCAUCCUGACAGGCCUCCCAGACGAUGUCAAGACGGACGACAUAGAGCAGUUCUUUGAAGACUACAUGCUGCACCCGCCCGCCGUGUACCACGUCAGGAUAGAACGGAGAGGCGUCCCCACGCCCAUGAGGCUGCGCAUGAAGGGCGAGACGCGGCCGAUAGUGGACCUCGUGGAGCGCCGUGCCGUCGUGCGAUUCGCCAACCAGAUGGAAGCGCUGAGAGCGUUGAGGGAGAAGCAUAGGGAGUUCGUGGGGGACCGAAUGGUGGAGCUCAGCCUUCUACAGUGA